AUGGUCAAGACGGAAAUAGGUCUUACGGACCUUGCACGCGAGACACGCCAGAGAAUUUACGAUUUUGUUUCCAACGACGCCGGAGAUCAGACUAUCAAGGUGACGCUAGACCAGCACGACAAGCUCCGAUUCGAGAAUGGCAACACGAUCUUUGACCUUGUCCUGACGGCCAAGAUCUUUGCAAAGGAGGUUUUAUCCUAUCUGUUUCAAUACAUCACCUUCACAUUGACAGACAGUCUGCAAGAGUGCCAUACCAUUCGCGGCCUCCUCGAUCUGGCACACUUCACGCAUCCAUUCGUCCUCGAAUCCGACCAGAGGCAUCAUGGAGGCACCAUUCCUAGCGCCGAAUCCAACUCAUACGUACUCUCAAAGCUAGGUUCAGACUUUGGCAAUGACCUCGCUCAGACAACAUGGGUCUUGCUAAGGGAUCUUGAAUAUGCAAUCCAGCUACUAAACCAAAUGUCAGGUCUCAAGAGCGUCAAACUUGGUGUCGACGUCAUUGAGUUCAUAGCCUGUAGUAUCCGUCGCGAUCCAAGGGAACGCUCUUCUAACCUCGCUGGUCUUCUUGAACAGGUCAGUCAAGGUACGAGUGGAGUAGACCCCGCAAGCCACCAUCUGCUUAGAGCUCUGCUCAUAUUCAAUGGGGUGGGCAAAUUACGCAAGGUUCAAUUGGAACUACAUUGGAACAACUUUGUAUUGGAAAGGUACCGAGAGGCCGGCGUAGUCUUUGGACCCCCAUGGACGAAUGCAGUGAGACAAGAGAUGGAAGAGUGCUUCGAGGACAUGGUCUUCGCAUGGAACACGGGCUUAAUUGAGUAG